UCAAGUCUCAGACUAGAUAAAACUCAACUCUUGGAGUCUCUGGAUGUGAAGUAAGAAGUGGAGCUUCUGUCCUGCUGAAAAGCCUGUUGAACCAGCCCGCUCUGCUCGGGUUUAGAGGGGUUUUGAGCACUUUUCAGCUGCCCAGGGUAACAAACCUUAACAGCUGAGCACCAUCAAACCAGUUUAGGCUGUGUUCAGACUCAGUGGAGCGGCUGGCUCUGGGUGCGGCUGCAUCACUGUGAUUCACACGCAUGGAGUGCCAUCUUCCUCCACCCACGAGUCCAGGGCUGUGUGUGACAUCUCUGACACGAGAGGAGACACACACUCGGAUCAGCAGAGAGAGAGACGGACACACACACAUGGAUUCCUCUGAUCAGGGCGUCUCUGGCCGCUGCCCGUCCGAGCUGUGUCUGGUUCUGGUGGGCAGCAUCAGCUGUGGGAAGACCAUGACCGCGGACACCCUGCUGGGUCAGCGCUCGGCCCCGGGCCCCUCGGCCUCGUCCCGCGUGAGUCAGAUCCGGAGCGGGCUGUCGGCGGGCCGGCGGCUGACGGUCGUGGAGACCCCUCGCUGGUACUGGCGUGGUCAGGAGAUGGAGGCCCACAUCCAGGAGGAGACCCUGCGCUUCCUCGGCUCCAGCGCUCCCGGGCCCUUCGUCCUCCUCAUCCUCAUCCCCAUCGGGGAGUUCACGGAGGUGGAGCGGCGCAUCCCGGAUCAGCUGGAGCGCAUGUUCGGGCCGUCGGUGCUGGCUCACGCGCUGGUGCUGCUCACCUGUGGAGAAUUCCUGAUGGGCCGCGGUCUGGACCAGUACCUCGGGAAGGAGGCGGGGCUGCAGGAGCUGGUGAGGAGGUGCCACGGCCGCUGCCACGUGAUCAUGAACCGCAGACCUGACGACAGACAGCAGGUCCUCGCUCUGCUGGAGAAGGUGGAGCAGAUGAUGCAGAGGAACGGAGGAUUUCACCUGGAGACACACGGGAGAGACGUCAGAGCGAAACAAACACAAAUCAACACGCUUGAAGAGACAGGAAGUGAUGUAAUGACUGAGAGACGCCUGAUCAACGGGCUUCAGUGUGAGGAAACAGACGCCCGACACACACCGCUGGAGGAAAACCCGAGCUUCAAACUCAGAGCCCAUCACAGUUCUAACAAGGUUUGGGAUGGCAGUGACUCUCUAGAUUCCUCUGAUCCUCUGGACGACUCUUCUCUGCCCGAGCUGAGGCUGGUUCUGCUGGGUCGGUGUGGUUCUGGGAAGAGUGCGGCCGGGAACAUCAUUCUGGGUCGUGAGGAGUUUGAUCUGACGGCGGACUCUCAGCGGUGUGUGAAGACCCGAGCGCUCGUGGAGGACACACGGGUGUCAGUGGUGGACACACCGGACUGGUUUCAGUCGGAGAGAUCUUCUGAGGAGGUGAAAGCUCAGAUCUCCUCAUGUGUGGCCCUGCUGGCCCCGGGCCCUCAUGCGUUCCUGCUCUGCGUCCCCGUUGACCGUCCGGCUCAUUCCGAGCUGUCUGCGCUGAGCACGCUGGAGAAAACCCUUGGACCGGACGCCGUCCGCCGGCACACGAUGGUCAUCUUCACGCGCGCGGAGCUGCUGCCGGACGCAGCGGAGGUGGAGCAGGUGGAGGAGUACAUCGCUUCCCGGCGGCCGGAGAUGCUGGAGCUGGUGCAGAGAUGCGGCGAUCGAUAUCACGUCCUGCAGAGCGGCGGAGCGAAGGAGCUGCUGGAGAAGGUGCAGCAGACGGUGAGGGAGAGCGGAGCAGACUUCUACAGCACCUCGCUCUUCCAGCAGAAGCAGAUCCCGACCGUCAGGAGAGACAGAGAGCGACUGAACCCCUCGCGCGCUCUGGACGCUCUGAAGGAGGAAGAGGAGGAAGUGACGUCCACGGCGAGGAGCGAGUGUCUGGACUCGGCUCCGCUCCACUCCGCUCCGAAGCUGCUGGCCGCCGGGGCUCUGAUGGGAGCGGCGCUCGGUGUGUUCCUCGCAGGAGCUGUAGGAGGCGCUGUCGGAGCCGUGCUGGGAUCGGUGCUCGCUGAGGUCGGGAGACAGAGACUCAACAAACACAAAACAGAGUAAGAGACAGUGUGAAAUAAUUCCCUUGAACGUUGUUUCUUGCCUCAUGUCUGCAAACUCAAUAUUAUAUGUGACCCUGGACCGCAAAACAAGUCAUAAGGGUACAUUUUCUGAAAUUGAGGUUUAUACAUCAUCUGAAAGCUGAAUAAAUCAUCUCUCCAUUGAUGUGUGGUUUGUU